AUGUCUGAAUAAUCAGAAGAAGAAUCCUAAUAGUUAUAAUAAAAAGAAGAAGAACAAUAGAAUAGUCAAAUUAUAUAAUAAGAUGAUAAGACUGAACAAUAAUUAUAGUAAAUCCCAUAUGUUCAUAUGUUAAAUAAUAAAUAUAAUGUGAGAGAAGCUGUUCAUGCAGGAUCCUGGUAUUCUAGCAAAAGUAAUGAAUUAAAAAUACAGAUUAAUUGUUGGUUAGAAUAAGCUAAAGCAGAAGUAACUACAGUUGCAUAAUUGAAAGCAUUAGUUGUUCCGUAAUAUAUUUAUAAUUAAAUUAAGUCAUGCAGGUUAUGCUUAUUCUGGUCCAACUGCUGCAUUCAGUUACAAAUAUUUAAAGAAAUAUCCUCCUUCUGAAAAAUUAAAAGUAUUUAUUCUUGGUCCUUGUCAUUAUGUUUAUAUAACUUAAUGUUGUUUAACUAGAUAAGAAAUCUAUGAAACUCCAUUAGGAAAUAUUAAAGUAGAUCUAGAAAGUAAUUAAUUAAUGAUCAUAUUAUUAGCUGUUAAAUAAUUACAUGAAUAAGGAUAAUUUGAAUAAUCAGACAAAGAUGCAGAAGAGGAAGAACAUUCAAUUGAAAUGUAAUUGCCAUUUUUAGCUCAUAUUUUGGGUACUGAUAAUUUUACUAUAAUUCCAAUUAUGGUUGGAUCAAUUGAUGCUAAAUCUGAAGAGUAUUAUGGUAAAUUGUUAAGUGAAUAUUUUGAUAUGGAUGAUACUUUAUUUAUUAUAUCAACUGAUUUCUGUCAUUGGGGAACUAAAUUUGCUUAUACUUAUUUUAAUAAUGCAGAUGGAGAAAUCUUUGAAUCAAUUGAAAAAUUAGAUUAGAAAGCUAUGGAACAUAUUGAAUUACAUGAUUUGGAUAAAUUUAAUGAUUAUUUAAGAGAAUAUGAGAAUAAUAUUUGUGGAAAACAUUGUAUUGCCAUAUUAUUACAUGUAUUUGUAUAUAAUUUAUAUUGAAAGUGUAUAGCAAUGAGUUAAAAUACACAUAUGAUGGAAACUAAAUUUAUUAGAUAUGCAUAAUCUUGUUUAGUUAGAGAUAAAAAGGAUUCUUCAGUUAGUUAUGCAGCAGCUAUUACAUUCUUAGAAGAUUGA